CUUGUCGUGAGGGGAACAUGCCGCGGCCCAAGCGUAGGAAUGUUGCUGCGCGCUUGCCUCUCUUCAGGGCAGUUUCGUUACCUGGGGACUAAGCUACUCGUCCCUUUCACUUCUUGAGGGCGCUCAUCACUUUGACCGGGCCCUUGUGUUUGUUUUAAGGCUCCGCUUCUCGCGCACCUCCUCCUCAGAGCACCCAGUCGGCCGCCCAGCGCUGUUAGAGCAGCCCUGACUAGCCUCCUCCCCUCGCAGCUGUCUGACUCUCUCUAGUCUUUAGUCCCCUCAGAUUUCAUUCUUUCGCCCCGCUUGGAAAGCAACUGGAGAAAAAUUUGCCCCUUGUGCCCCAAGAAGACCCGCUUGUCAGCCAGUUUUUCAGGGUGGGAGGCACUGCGAGGAGGCCCGGCACUGUUUUGUGCACGUUAAAUGCCCAGCAGUAUCUCCCAGACCGGGAACCCCCGACCCUCCAGUCUCCAUGUCUUAGAGAAGCCAAAUUCGAGAGUUAUAUAAUUUCUUGUGCUGCUGUUUCUCCUGCCUGAGGAAACAUUUCAUCGCGUGGAGGGUGCAGGACAUUACAGUGCUCUUCUAUAAAAGAACGGGGUGUGGGCAGGGGUGGCCAGCGGUGGCAGAGAAAUGUGUCUUUUCUGCAAAAGGAAGGUGGGUAGUUUGAAGAGAGAUUGAGAGAAAGGGUGGAUGUGAAAGCCAAGCAGCUGCCACUGUCACAUUUAGAAAAUCGCGGACUAUUUGCAUAGCUUAUGCUUACAUGUCUAAUACUAACUACUACAGCGUCUCUGAAAACACCUUUGGGGGAAGGUUUGACUUCUCCUCUCGAACAGUCUCAGUGUUUUUCCUCGCUGGAUAGGGAGCUGCUUGGAUGCGAAGAGAUGGCAUGAUGUGAAUGACUCCAGUGUGAAGAAAUCCGCUUCGCCAACUCAUCCUGCAUCAAGUGCCCAUUGAGUAGCACUGUCACUUUAAUGUCUCCAUGCCAAGGGAUUGCUUUCCUUUUUUUCAAUCCUCUCAGUUAAUAUAUGGGAGGAUCAGAAUCAGAGGGGCAUUAAGGAUCAAGCCUGGGGGGCUUGGAGAGCACAGAAGAAAAAAAAUGAAAAUGACAGCAAGCUGGCUCCUGUCUUACUGAGGGGGUGAGAUCUGGAACUUCUGAUCCAGUAAAUAGAAGGGGGGCGUUCAGUCUGUGUUCUGCCCCAGAAAACUGUUCAAACUCACCCACCUUUUUAUAGAUCAGAGUCAAAGAGGUUUUUAAAAGUAUUUUUUUGGGGGGAGGGGGAAUUAAAUUUUUCUCUGAAGAACUGAGCAUCUUUAUCAUCAUCCAGUUCAUCUUUGAAUUUGGUCAUGUAUAAAGUAAUGAGACAGCUGUCUAAAUUUGCUUUGUGCCUUAAUUGAGUUAGUCAUUGAACUUCCAAAAAUGCUGCUGCCUGAAGAGGAGUUUUAAAAACGUUUUCUAUGCUUACAAUAAUUUUCUCAGCUUUUUAAAACAGUAUAAAUAUUUUAUAAAAAUUGAAAAACUGGAAAAACUCAAAAGUUAUUUUUCUCUAAAGUGUGUGGGCAGUGUAAAAAGUUUAGCUGUGGAAAAAUACAUCAUUAUUUUCUUUAUCUGAAAUAGAAGACUCAGCUUGGAUUUCAAAACUGAACAGUGAAGUGGUUUGCAACAGUUACCUGGCUCUUGGCUUCAAUCCAGCUGGAUCAAAGUGAAACCUGAAAAGAGAUCUUGAUCCUGUGGCAGUGGAAAGACCUAAGAAUGCCAGUCAAGAAGAAAGAUACUGAUCGAGCUUUACUAUUACUGGAAGAAUACUGCAAAAAAUUGAGGAAACCAGAGGAGCAGCUGUUGAAAACUGCUGUUAAAAAGGUGAUGGGUAUCUUUAAGAGCAGCUUAUUUCAAGCUUUGCUAGAUAUUCAAGAAUUUUAUGAGGUGACAUUGCUUAAUUCUCAAAAAAGUUGUGAGCAGAAGAUAGAAGAAGCCAAUCAAGUUGCACAGAAAUGGGAGAAGACAUCUCUUCUCGCUACAGGCCAUGAUAGCCCUCAAAAAUGUACAGAGCUUACAGGUUGCAGUGGACCAAAUGCAAAUGCUUCAUGUAUUGAGCAAAAUAAAGAAAAUCAGUGUUUUGAAAACGAAACUGAUGAAAAGACAAGUCAAAACCAAAGCAAAUGCCCAGCCCAGAAUUGUUCAGUGGAAGCCCCUGCUUGGAUGCCUGUCCACCAGUGUACUUAUCGAUAUCAAGAUGAGGACGCUCCACAUGAUCAUUCCUUACCUCGACUAACCCAUGAAGUAAGAGGCCCAGAACUCGUGCAUGUAUCAGAAAAGAACCUGUCUCAAAUAGAAAAUGUCCAUGGAUACGUCUUACAGUCCCACAUUUCUCCUCUGAAGGCCAGUCCUGCUCCUAUAAUUGUCAACACAGAUACAUUGGACACAAUUCCUUAUGUCAAUGGGACAGAAAUUGAAUAUGAAUUUGAAGAAAUUACACUGGAGAGGGGGAAUUCUGGCCUGGGAUUCAGUAUUGCUGGAGGGACAGAUAAUCCCCACAUUGGAGAUGAUCCUGGCAUAUUUAUUACGAAGAUUAUACCAGGAGGUGCUGCAGCGGAGGAUGGCAGACUCAGGGUCAAUGAUUGUAUCUUGCGGGUGAAUGAAGUCGAUGUGUCUGAAGUUUCCCACAGUAAAGCAGUGGAAGCCCUCAAAGAAGCAGGGUCUAUUGUUCGGCUAUAUGUGCGCAGAAGACGACCUAUUUUGGAGACCGUUGUGGAAAUCAAACUGUUCAAAGGCCCUAAAGGUUUAGGCUUCAGUAUUGCAGGAGGUGUGGGAAACCAACACAUUCCUGGAGACAACAGCAUUUAUGUAACUAAAAUUAUAGAUGGAGGAGCUGCACAAAAGGAUGGAAGGUUGCAAGUAGGAGACAGGCUACUAAUGGUAAACAACUACAGUUUAGAAGAAGUAACACAUGAAGAGGCAGUAGCAAUAUUGAAGAACACGUCAGAUGUAGUUUAUCUAAAAGUUGGCAAACCCACCACCAUUUAUAUGACUGAUCCUUAUGGUCCACCUGAUAUUACUCAUUCUUAUUCUCCACCAAUGGAAAACCAUCUACUCUCUGGCAACAAUGGCACUUUAGAAUACAAAACCUCCCUGCCGCCCAUCUCUCCAGGAAGGUAUUCACCAAUUCCAAAGCACAUGCUUGUUGAAGAUGACUACACAAGGCCUCCGGAACCAGUUUACAGCACUGUGAACAAACUGUGUGAUAAGCCUGCUUCUCCCAGGCACUAUUCCCCUGUUGAGUGUGACAAAAGCUUCCUUCUCUCAUCUCCCUACCCCCACUACCACCUAGGCCUGCUCCCUGACUCUGAGAUGACCAGGUACUGCAUGCGCUUCCUCACCUCAUCUUCUCCAACUGCAUGUGCUUCCACAAGGGGGAAUGGGUAGACUCUGCCUCUGCUCACUUCUCUUACAUGAAACAUCUUCCUCAAGGUGGAGAGAUGUUCUGCUCCCUUGUUGCAAUGGCAGAAAUUAAGAACAUUGCCUUUUUUUUUUCCUGGUGUGAUCACAGAGCACUUAGAUCACAUGAUGCUUCACAUGUUCUUGGUUCCCAUACUUUUUAAUAAGGUAUUAAUUAUAUUUUUCCAGAAGAAUUAAUUUUGGAACUAAUUAGCAUCCUUUCCUUCAUAUGAAAGGAUGAAAGAGAACAUGUAUUGAGUAUUUUUUGAAUAAUAUUUAAUAAGUGCUUACUAUGCUCCAGGUAUAACAUAACCUAAGAAAUAGGUACUGUUACCACCAUUUAAUAUUUAACUAAAAUAUUAAAUUAAUAUCAUCACUUAACCUCCUUGAGGUUUAAGCAACGUGCCUAAAACUACACAACUAAUUGGUUCCAUCUAACCACAAAAAACAUGAAAUUAAUGUUUAUACGAUGUUAUCAUGCUAGGUGUAUACAUAUGUCCUCUUGUUUAAUUCCUCCCAUCUUCUAUAAAGAAACAGGUUUAGAGAGGUUAAAGCAUUGCCCUCAGUAUGAUCUUGCCAAUAAAUAUGGAAUCCAGACUUGACCUUAGAAUGUUUUGAGUCUUUCCCCAACAAAUUUAUAAGCAAAUCAUUCUAGGUCUAAAGUUUGGACUCAAUUCUGUGUUAAUAUUCUAAAGCAUAUGUGUGAUAAAUAAAUAACAAAAUCCCCAUCUUCGCAUAGUAGCCAAAGUCAGAGAGAGAGAGGAGAGGAAGCAAAAUAGAAUCCAGCGUUCCAUAUCUUGAUGUUCCUACACAUGAUGGGGUGUUUAUAGAGUUAUGUUUUCAGACCAGAAUCUUCAUAAUACUGUUAGAGUUGAGCAAAUAUAGAUUUUAAAAUGAUUCAAAAUGAAAAUGGUUAUAAUCAAGAGGAUCUCUUUACAAUAUCAUCUUUAUUUUUUGACAUUUUCACAGAAUAAAUUUAGAAGUCAAUUACUGGUAUCUCUAGGGGUGUUAAAUAACAAAUUUUAAAUUAUAUCUAGCAUUUUCAGAAAUAAAUGAUAAAACAUAUUUUGACUAUGUAAUCAGCUGGAGCAUUUCUAUUAAUUUGCAAUGAUUAAAGCCUAAUAGUAUUUCAGAAUGCUUUAUAAAAAUUAAAUGAAAAAAUAUAUUUUAAUAAAUCAUCAAAACUAUUUCUUGAUAGAACAAUACCAUUUUGAAGCUAAGAGGGCAAAGUCACCAUAGUGGUAGGGAAGUGAGAAGGUGCACACACCUACAAUAACAACUAUCUAGUAAUAACAAUUAUGCACCUAUAGUCAGCUACAUAAGGGCAGCUAACAUUUAAUGAGGUCUUCCUCUGUGCCAGACAUUUUGUUAAGCACUUCUUAUAUGAAUUAUUUCUUUUAAUCCUCACAAUCACCUUAUGGGGUAGAUGUUAUCAUUAUCUCUGUUUUACAAAUGAGGAAAUUGAAACUUGAGAAGUUGCCUCACUUGCCCAAGUCUGCCACUAGUAAGUGGCAGAGCUGGGAUUCAAAUCCAAGUGAGACUGACCUGGCAGACCAUUAAUCCCUGCAGCUGCAUAGGCGUGAUGGCAUGCAUAUUCGUGCUCACUGGAAAAAGUAUCCAUUUCUCUUUUUCUAUCCUUUCUCUAUCUUUAUCCUGACUUAUCUGUCUUUCUCUGGCUCUAGUGAGUAAAUCCUUUUUUUUUCUUUUAAUCAUCCUGUGCUCUUUUUUGAUUAAUGUAAAAGUUACAUUGGUUUCUUUCUACCUCACUGGGGAUUUUGAAGCAUCCAUUUGGAAAAACUCACCAAUAAGUAGCUGAUAAGAGUCUACUUCCUAUGUGGACUCACCAGAUAUUCUUUCAGUGUACUUUCUGUAAUGUGCAUUAUGGAGACCAUAGGGUUUAUUUUUUUAUUUUUUAAAUUAAAAAAAUAUUGUUUAAUAUUGACUAUGUCUUUUUCAAAUUACACACCCUCAGCAAUUCUGAUAAGUACUACUCUUCAACCCCUAUGCACCAUCCACCUGUUUGGGAAUUCUAUUUUCUAUUUAUUCUAAUUUUGUCCUCUUCUUUUACCUGCUUCUUUUUUCUUUUUUCCAUUAUCUUUAUCUUAUCUUUCCAGAAAAAAUUCUCACACACACAUACACACCCAUUUCAGUGGCCUUGUUACCAGUACACGGAUACUAAAAAUCUUAAUUUCAUCCCACUUUGCUCCUCCUCCAUAAUUCUCCAGUUUAGUAAAUGGCACAUGCAUCUACCCCAUUGCUCAAACCAAAAACUUGAGAGUCAUCCUUACCACCUUGUUCUUUUUCACAUCCACCUUUCAGUCUAUCUUCAAAUCCUAUUGAUUCUACCUCCAAAAUAUAUCUCAAAUUUACUCACUGCCCUUUACUUCUAUUUCCACUACUUUAAACCAAGCCCCCAUCAUCUCCUACCUAUAAUAGCCUCCUAAUUGGUCUCACUACUUCCACUGUUGUCUUUCUGGCUUAUUCUCAAUGCAGC